AUGGUUUCCGUGGAUCAUGCGAACUCUGUGAGAUCUUCUACUCACUCACAGGGUGACAGUUGCUCGGAUAGUUCAAAUGCUGUCUACAGUCAGGUUACUGAAGAUGGCUCUAAUAUAAGGAGACAAACUCGAAAGAAAUUUGCAUGUGUGGAGUGCAGGCAACAGAAAUCGAAGUGUGAUUCUCAAGAUCGAGCUCCAGAGCCUUGUACCAGGUGUAUGAAGAAGAAGGUACCCUGUAUUUUACAAAGAGACUUUCGCAGGACAUAUAAAAGGGCUAGAAAUGAGGUAAUUGAACGUCGAUUUAAUGAGCUGACGAAAUCGCUGUCGAAUUUAGAUGCGGAGGAGAUCCUUAAAAAGAUAGAAAAGGAGCAGAAGGCUAUAUCUAAUGCUGGUAAUUUCACUAAGGAUAAAAUCAGGAAGCUAAGGGAACGAGGGACAUUAGAGUUGGAGGUUCCUGAUGAUGAUCAGGAUAAUCUAGAACAAGAGAGAACUGAGCAAGAGGUAUUACAAUCUUUCGAGAAGCCAGUAAUACUAAAUGAUGAACAGUUGAAGUGUUCUGCUAAGAGUUUAGGAAGUGUACACGUUAGUUCAGAGGACAUAUCACGUCUUUUUUGCGAAUAUGCAAAAAGAUAUCAUCCAUUCCUACCGAUUGUGGAUCUUUACAAGGGCCCAGAGAGGAUCUACCACCUAUCUCCAUGCUUAUUCUGGAUUAUUAUCCUAAUUGGUCUGAGAAGGAUGGAUGGCGCAGAAGAGCUAAUGACAAAGCUGUCCUCAGAAGUUAAGUCCAUAUUUGCAGGCAUUUCCUUUUCACCCAUCAAUAGGAGCAGCAGUUUAAUUGCAGAAGAACCUAUACUUAAUGCUCCUUCUGUAUAUUCAGUGCAGGCGCUAUUGGUAUAUACAUUUUGGCCGCCAGUGACAUCUUCACUUGGUGCGGACAUUUCAUGGAACACUAUAGGCUCUGCAAUGUUUCAAGCAAUUCACCAGGGUUUGAAUAAUGUACAGAAUUUACCGGAAUCUCCAAAAGUGAAUUUGGGAUUAAUCCAAGAGCAGCUGUGGACAUGGGCGUGUUGUAAUACUCUUUCGCAGACCAUUGCAUCGUCAUUUGGUUUCCAAGCAUUUGUCUGUUUUGACUACUCAAUAAUGAGAUCUCGAGAUGCACCGAAGGAUGCUUCGCCUGGAGUGCCAAGAUUCUCUUCCGUAAUUAUGAACAUGAUAGACAUUGCAUAUUUCGAGAACCAGGUUGCUAUGACUAUGGCGUCCAACCCCCAUAAUCCUACAGGACUUGUUAACGUAGAAGAGAGACUUAACCUAAUACAACUGCUGGACACGCUGUACAACGAACUAAAAACCCGAUUGGACAAUAAUAAUGUGGAUGACAUAAGGAUUUUUAUGCUAUUGGCUGCGAAAGUUCGUCUUUACUCGUACUAUUUUAAUACGGUAACACCGGAAAAGAGGUCAUCGACCCAGAAUACGAAAUCAAGAGAUAAUGAGCUGAAAUUGAAGGUAAAGAGUGGGCUUGUACGUGCAUAUUAUGCUGCAGUGAAACUGUUACAUCACACUGAAAGCAUGUGCGAUCGCGAUCCGGAGGUAAUAAACUCAUUUCCCAGUGUUUUUGUUUUAAACGUAUGGCAGGCCUCAUGUAUAGUUGCUAAGUUAGCUAACUCAUCAUUAUCGGAGAUGUUAGACAUUAAGACUGGCGAACAUGUUUACCGGAGCGCAGUCACACAAACUCUACACGCAUCUGUGCUUAAUUACGAUAUGGCAUACAGGUCAUCAGGCAUCAUGCGAAGCAUGUGGAGUAUGUAUGUGAACAUGUACACUGACUGGAGAAACCAGCAUAGGGAGAGUACUUCGUCAGAAGAAUUCAAUCUAGAUAUUACUAUCAAGUCAAGAAUGUCAGUGAGUGUAUUUUUUGACUGCCUAUACGUAUUAAGGUUGAAGUGUGGUCUUGCAAAGCUUAAAAGAGAGAUCAAACGCAGGCUUUGUGAUUCCAGUGUAGAUAGCAAUAGUGCAGAUUGUGAAGAUGAUCGUGAGCCAGAGCUCUUGGCUCGCAGACUCAUCGAAACUACUCCACUAGAUCCGAAACCCAUCAACGCUUCCAUGGAAGGCGCUAAGGAUCCGAUGUCGCUCCCUGUGCGGUCAGUUCUGAAGUGUACGCCCUCCAUGACUCAUAAGGCGCACAGUGAACCGGCGAUUGUACCGCCCUUGUCUGCAAUAUCCCCUCUGGCAGUUUCCAUUUCGUCGGACUAUAGUAAGCCGACUUAUCAAGCUCAGAAACAGGUGUCCACAACGCAACCAAAAGACUACCUGCAAUCCUUUUUGCUUUCCUCAUAUCCAAGCCUUGAGUAUGAGAGGGAACCCAGCCUCGAGCAAGCCCAGUUCCCGGACCAAACACACACCAACUCCUUGGAAAACUCAAUCUUCCCGAACAAUUCCAUCAAUUCUUCAGCAGCACAAACAAGCGUAGAUGAGACAACUCAUACACGUGAUAACUGGGAUAAUUGGGAAUCUGAGAUAGUUUUCAAGGACGUAGACCUUCUAAUGGCUGAAUUUGCAUUCAAUCCAUCCGUCAUUUGA